UUUCCACCCCUCUUGCUGUUUCGGCGAGGGGUCACCUCUGGGCUCUUAUUUUGAAGGCACAUGUGGUUGCUUUUCCUGGGAUUAAUUGACGAGAAAGCCUUCGCUGACCCUCCGGAUUUAUCGGUUUCCAUAUGCCCGGGCUUCCAUCCACAUCGGCUUCCAUACAUAUGCUGCGGCUCUCCAAGGAGCAAGAAGUGGAUUUUGACAGGGAGAGAGAAAGGAAGGCGAGGGGCCAAAUGUGAGAGGCUGAUCAGCCGCCGCAGGAUAGUGCAGCGCACACUGAGACUUCGGGGAGACUUUUUUAAAAUCCCCCUCUUCAUGCUUCGCGGAUCACAAACUGUAACAGACUUCACAGAAACAUGCACCUUUUGGGAAUAUCGCUAUUUCUGGCAUAUUUCCACUACACUAACUUGGCCAGCGACUUCAGCCACAGAGACUAUUAUGAUGAGUACUCGGAGCAGGAGCCGAUGGACGAGCCGGAGACUCUACCAAAGCCAGGCAUGGAGCAGAAUCUACGUUCAGCCUCCAGUGUAGAUGAAUUGAUGAGUCUGAUCUACCCUUCAUACUGGGCUGCUUUGAAGUGCAGAUCUAAAAUUUCUGCUGCUGCUCCCUUGGCUUCCAAAUUCACUCAGCGGCUGCAGGCUCACCAGCUGCGGGCACUUGAUGAUGCAGAGGACCCGACAUACGCUGCUUCCUACCUCAACUUGGAUGUCCUUAAAAGUAUAGAGCUGGAGUGGAGGAAAACUCAAUGCAUGCCCAGAGAAGUGUGUAUUGAUGUGGGCAGGGAGUUCGGGGCUCCAACCAACGUCUUCUAUAAGCCACCGUGUGUGUCUGUAUAUAGGUGUGGAGGAUGCUGCCCCUCUGAGGACAAACAAUGCAGAAAUAUCUCCACUGGUUACGUCAGCAAAACUCUGUUCGAGAUCACAGUGCCACUCACCCAAGGGACCAAACCUGUUACCAUCAGUGUCGCCAACCACACCCAGUGCAUUUGUCUGUCCAAACUGGACAUUUACAAGCAGGUUCACAGCAUCAUCAGACGAGCCCUGCCAGAGUGCCCAAUAGCCAACAGAACAUGCCCUCCUGGUCAGAUGUGGAACAUCAAGCAGUGCCAGUGUGUCAAAAUGGCUCCUGUGAUGCAACUUAAGUCCCCUCCUUCCCUACUGCUUCCUUUAAACCCACCCGAGCAACACCAUGACAUAUUCUCAUCAGAGGUGUGCGGCCCAGAGAAGGAGCUAGAUGUAGAAAGCUGUCAGUGUGUGUGUCGCCUUGAAAAUCCAUCUCGUGACUGUGGCCCUAACCGACACAUGGACCGAAGCACUUGCCGAUGUGUUUGCAACAUGCUUCCUGCUCCAUCAUGCCCCCUGAACCACAUUUUCAACAAAGAGACCUGUCAGUGCACCUGUAAUAAGACAUGUCCAAGGCACCAGCCCCUAAACAAGAGAAAAUGCUCCUGUGAAUGUAAUGAAUCACCAAACAAGUGUUUCCUGAAAGGACGAAGGUUUCACCAAGCAACAUGCAGUUGUCUUAGGCCUCCAUGUGAGGUGAGGAGACGGAAGUGUGAAGCAGGGUUCUUCUUCAGUGAGGAGGUGUGUCGCUGUGUCCCCUCCCAUUGGAGGGGGUUGGACUAAUAUCUGGCUCAUAAGUUGCCAUCAAGACUAAAACUUAGAGUUGAAUGCAUCACCUUUUACAUGUGGACCCGCUGGUCAACAUGAUUCUUAUCAGCUAUGGUGGCAGCUAAGUGAGCAGAUCCUGAUGGACUUGAGGAAACCAUUGGGAUUGGAAUUAUGGGAAAUAUGAGAAAUUGGCGUAGAAAGAUGAGAAAUGCACUGAAUUUCUUUUUAAAACAUUUAAUUGGAGAAUGAAUGACAGGAUGGGUGGAAGAACUGCAGGAUAAAAAGAGUCUACACUCACCUUUUAUGAAAUAAUGUGUUUUAAAAUAUUUUCAAAUUAAUUAUGUCUCAGUAUUCUGAUGUGAAAAAUUUAUUCUAUUAUUUAUUGCUAUUUUAUAAAUGCUAUUUUCAACCUUUGUUUAUUCCAAUUCUGGUAUUUUUUUUUAAAUAUAAAUACACUGUGAUCAAUAUUUUUGUAUCAUGUAUGACAAGUAUAUGUGUGUAAAAGAAUGUUGUAGUAUAUUGGUUUCUGUUUGUUGUAAUAUUAAACCCUUUGUUUAAAGUA